GUGACGACUGUGACGUGUUUCUCGGUCAGUUCGCGCAUGGCGAGAAUUUGAACGUGUAGCAACGCUGCAAACUUCGUAGUUUGUAUCAGUCAUGGAUCCAACAGAGGUUGUUAUAAAAUAUUUACGUGGUCAAAACCGUCCAUAUAGUUCAAAUGACAUUUUCAGUAACUUGCAUGAAGAGAUCAGGAAACCUUCUGUCCAGAAAGCAUUGGAUUAUCUUGUGCAACAAGGCAGAAUUACAGAAAAAGUGUACGGCAAACAAAAAGUUUACGUAGUUAAACAGGAGGAUACGAACGCCAAAGAUCUUGAAGGAGAGUUGCAGGAUUUAGAUUCAAAGUUGAAUGCAGUUUCAAAAAAGGUCGCCUCAGUGGAGCAAGUGUUGAAGGGUUCAGAAAAUCAGGUCCAUGAGUUACAAUUGGCACCAACAACCAGUGAAGCUCAGAACGAAAAAAAGGUGCUUGAAAAUAGGGUUCGAGCAUUAAAGGAGAAGCUGGACAUCAUUUCUAAAAACAGCGUGAAAAUAUCAGAAACUGAUAAGAAACAAAUACAAAAUGAAUAUGAAAGCAACAUGAAGGAAUGGUGUAAGAAAAAGAGGGUUUGCAUGGAUAUUGUAGAAGCUAUGCUAGAGGGUUAUCAUGACUCUAAAAGGGCUCUCUUAAAUGAAAUUGGAAUCGAAACUGAUGAGGAUGUUGGGGUACCAUUGAUUCCAUAAUGAUUUUAAUAUGGAGUUAUUUGUAUUUCUUUUAUGAUUACAAAUUAAGUGUUUAAUCCAUGUGCUACAGUUGCAUACUUAGUGUAACAGGACUCAGAUGUUAUCUGUUUAAAAGUUAAUUUGGUUUCAGAGUUUUUGAGAUGUGGGAAUUUUGAAACGGUAUGUAACUUCAUUACAAUAAAUUACUGUAAUAUAUUCA